GUUUGUGGGGGGCGCUCGAGAAAAGUGGCGUCCAGCAGCACGGGUCUGAGCAAUGUGGUGCUGCCUGCCGGAGAGAAUCCAUCACAGAAACAAACCGCCCCCUCCCACUCCGAGUGCCCCCGCUUCAGAUGCAACUCCUAAUACAUAAAGCCUCCAUGUUGCCGUGGGACCGUUGGGCCGGCAGAUGAUACGUUAGCUCCGAAGUGUUUCGCCAACUUUCAACGGUCGACCGCGUUCCGUUGGGGGUUUUUUUCAGGACGAGCGCGCGAGCCUCCCAACGGGCGUCCCGCUGGUUUCAACGUGGUUCCACUCGGCGCGGCCUCGCAUUUUGGAUGCUCGGCGCUCCACAAGCUAACUCGCUAACACAAGCUACUUGCUAACUAUUUGGCGAUUCAACGUCGGUGAUUUUUGUGUACGUGUGGUUUUGUUUCUUAUUUAGCCACACGCAUCAUUUAGACGCACACUGUCGGUGUUUCACGUGUUUUUGCAGCGAUGGUAUUUAGCGGAGAGCCGUAAAUGACAGCCGUUCACGGGCUUCCAUCCACCACCGUGCUCGCUGGUCGGCUGUCCCCCGCAGCCGCAAACACUUCGCCCUGGACGGCUGCAGCUUCGUGGGCAGGCUGGUCACCCUCAUCUUAGCUAGGAAACGAAGCGAGCGCACUUUGUGCGAAUAACAUUGUGGGGGGAAAGGAAUAACCACCCGUCUAAAUGGACCACAUGUCCAUCAUAACCCAAGUUUCCAACCCGAAGGAUGAAGAAAUACAAGCCUUUAACCAGGAAAAAGCGUCCCAGUCCAACGGCAGCCUGAAGAAGCAGAGGAGCCGGAGCAUCUUCAGCACCUUCUUCUGCUGCUUCCGCGACUCCACUGCGGACGCGCCGGCCGCCAACACCAACACCAGCUCCCCGCCUCCACCCGCCGAGGAGAACGGAUCUCCUCCCAAGUGUGACCAGGUCGAGGUCAUCCCCGUCCCUUGUCCGCCGGCCAAAUACCUCCUGCCAGAGAUGCUAAUAUCUGACUACGGCAAAAAGUGUGUGGUGAUCGACUUGGACGAGACGCUCGUCCACAGCUCGUUCAAGCCCAUCAGCAACGCAGACUUCAUCGUCCCGGUGGAGAUAGACGGUACCGUUCAUCAGGUGUAUGUGCUGAAACGACCCCAUGUGGACGAGUUCCUCCAGAAGAUGGGGGAGCUGUUUGAAUGCGUCCUCUUCACAGCCAGUCUCGCCAAGUACGCGGACCCCGUGGCCGACCUGCUGGACCAGUGGGGCGUCUUCCGAGAGCGACUCUUUCGAGAAUCCUGCGUCUUCCACAGAGGGAACUACGUCAAAGACCUCAGUCGGCUGGGACGAGAGCUCAGCAACGUCAUCAUCGUCGACAAUUCGCCCGCCUCUUACAUUUUCCACCCAGAAAAUGCCGUCCCCGUCCAAUCCUGGUUUGACGAUCUGAACGACACGGAGCUCCUGGAACUGCUGCCUUUCUUCGAGGGACUUAGCAAAGAAGAAGAGGUUUACGGGGUCCUGCAGAACCUGAGAGGCAGGUAGCAGGGCACAGCGCCACGCAGGCGCUCUCGGCCCUUUUCUACAACCACACCUCUCGGACUCGGGCAGAUCGGCCCACGCGUGCCCCUCUCGUCUCUGCCCCAAGGGGUCCCGGGCCUCUGGGGUCCCCCUCCCCCUCCGCUUUCAUCACCUGGUGACCGGCUGCUUUCCGAGUGCCAUCAGAGAAAAACACUAAAAUAUCCCAGGAGCACUGUGUUUCACAAAAAAAGAAAAGAAAAAGCGCCCCAGAAGGCGCACAGAGGUCCUCCGCUGAUGACCGUGGGGACAGAAUGCUAAGAGAAAUGAACUCUAGUCUUUAUUUUUAAACCAACAAAGUUUUACUAUUCGGUGAAGUGCUUAUUUUAAAACCAAAAAAAACCAAGAAAAAAAACACGCCCAACAACGUUUUGUCUGAAAUUUCUUUUGUGGUACCACAAAAGUCUGAGAAGAUCUCGUCCUCGUAUUGUUGCUAUGCAGAAGGAAGGACCGCGACUCUCUUUUCUUACUGAUGAAGUGCCUUGUGUGACUGUUGUUUGUGGAGGACGGUAUUUUGUACACGGCAUAUUUCAGUCUUUUCACACACAAUAUGCUUUAAAGUCGACUCAGACGUCUCUUCAUAUCCAAGUUUGACUUCCUUUUCUUUUUUGAUUUAUCAAAGGCCGGGUAAAUGUCUCCAGUGUUUUCUUUUCGGCAUGUUUGUGUCAUUAUAUAGACGUGACUUUCUUUCUGCUUACAUUAUAUGUAGAUCUAGUUCAUUUGUUUAUCGUGCCAUUUAUUUUCUGUCUUUCUAACAAUACACCCCCCCAAAGGCAAAUAAUAUAUAUAUAUUUAUAUUAUAUACUUAUAUAUAUUAUAUUAUAUAUAUAUUAAUUUAUAUAUAUAUUAUUUGCCAAAUAAGCAAAUUCUUCUUUUCUCUUUAACCGGCUAUCUUUCCCCAGGCUUCAGCCAUAACUGUUAAAGCAUUAGUAGUAAGUUUAGGAUGUAUUCUCUUGUCAAAUACAUUAGUAUGUUAUUAUUGUCCCGAGGUUCUUGUUCGUCAUGUUGUGUUUAUCAUAUUAUUCCGGAUCAUCCUGUCUUUAUGUUUCGGGGGGGCAGCGUCGCCCUCACGGGAUGAUCCUUCUCAAUAAUUGAACGCGGAUGCAACGGUAUCCCUUUUGUUUCAAGCGGUCUGGGAAUUUACGGUCAGCGGGUCGAGUGCCAUGUUUAUUUGUUCUCCGCGAAGCCCGUCUCGAGGGAACACGGCGGCGUGUUGCCUGGAGUCUGGCCGGCGGUGGCGUGGUUGGACACGGCGACGGCCCGGUCACCUUCCCAGACUCUAACUGCUCCUCACCUCAGUGCCUACGUUUGAGAAGAACCACGCAAACCCAAAGCUGCAGCAUUAUCGCCACGGCAAUAACCGUUUUCAUUUAUUUUUUGUGAAAGGGGGCGGGGCUUCCAUCCCACCGGGAGAGGGUUUGUUGGCACUAAAGGCAGACAAUGACAUUCAGGGUUUAACCGUAAAAACAUGAAUUUCUCAAAUUAUUUCACCCGAAAUCUGAACAUAAGUUAGUCCUUUCACAAAGAAGUAAAAACACUGAAUCAACGAAAGACGCUUGGUCCUUUUCAACAAUGAGAACCAACAGAAGCGUUCAUCGUGGUCCCCUUGACAGAAGCUCUCAGCUUUUCUGAUGCAAGAAAGUAAAAGGAAAUAAAGGACGGCCUCCAGGACCCAGUUCUAGGGUUCUAGGUGGAACCGCGACCGCACGGAGGAACCUCAUCAUUAACGUCUCCAUUAAUUCCACGGUGACGUCGUCUUCGUGUGACAUCCACUCGUAUGCGUGGCUGAAUUAUCUUUGACACAAUAUAGAGCGAUAAAGCACGUGGGGGAGCACACGUACUUUAUCGCUCCUGAUGUCACGUUAAAAAUAGACCGACACUACUUCAGAAUUCCCAACAAUAAUUUUAUUUUGUUGUCUGGUUGAAAGGCGGCAGCUCCAACAGGCGUUUUGUCAAAUUCUUUUAGCGUUUGUGUUGGCGAGCUCACGGCGACGGCUUCAGUGAAAUCUCUUUUGUUCUUAAGUGAGUGACUUCUCAACCUCUCAGAUCACCUCUGAACACGUGUCAUUGUGAUAUUUUUCUACCUUUUGUCAGUAUUUGUUUUGAAAGAUUGCAAAUUUUGUGUGUGAUCACACACCCUUUUGUAUUGACUUCACGCCGUGGUUCUACAACAAUUGAGUUCAAGUCACUGUUUGUUUUUUGAUGGUCAUUCACUUUCAUUCUAUUAUUUCUUUGUAAACAAACUUGUGGGUUAUGGUUGGCUUACUUUGAGUGUCGGCAGCGUGUUGUCAUCCCGAGCAUCCCUUUUCUUUCCAUAAUAAAAAAAAAAAAGGCUUCAUUGAAACAAG